UAAAUACCUAAAGGGUUGUCUGUACGUGUCGUGUCCCUCUGUAUUUCUCCUCCUCCGAAAGAGUCGGCCAUCCGCGCGAUCUCCGCUGCAGCCGAAGUCUUCUCCGUCGAAAAAUGGAUUUAUGCCCUUCUGUGAAAAAUAUUAUCCUUCUUGAUUCAGAAGGAAAACGUGUUGCAGCUAAAUACUAUUCGAAUGAUUGGCCCACCAGGGAUGCUAAGGAAACUUUUGAGAAGGCUAUAUUUGACAAAACUCAGAAGACAAAUGGUCGCGCAGAAGUUGAGAUUACCAUAUUUGAGAACUACAUUGUUGUCUACAAGUUCUCUCAAGAUGUACAUUUCUAUGUUACUGGAGAUGAAAAUGAAAAUGAAAUCAUUCUAGCCAGUGUUCUUCAAGGAUUCUUAGAGGCUGUUGGCAUUAUACUCAAGGGCAGUGUUGACAAGAGAGAAAUACUUGAAAAUUUGGAUCUCAUCCUUUUAUGCGUUGAUGAAAUUGUUGAUGGCGGUGGUAGAUUUAUUCUCGAAACGGAUGGCAACUCCAUUGCUGAUAAAGCUGCAAGUCACAGUAGGGAUUCUGGAUCCCCUCUUUCUGAGCAGACAUUAACGCAAGCACUGGCUGUUGCCCGCGAACAUCUCGCUCGGUCUCUUCUGAGGUGAUUGAUAUACCUCAAUUUUGAAAGAAAAAGGAAUAUGGAGCCAAUUAUUGUGCUGCAGGGAAUGGUGAUGAUAUUCCUUCCUUCCUUGUUGAUCUUGGACUUAUUAUUGUGGAUAGAAAUAUGGUUGAGACAGGGUACAAAAGAAUUCCAAAGAUAACAUUAAUAUAUUACAUAGAGGAGCAGAAUGUGCCGACGCCAAACAUUUGGUUUGUUUCCCUUUUAGUUGGAAUGCAUUUUUUAUUAUCAA